AUGGGUAAGAAGAGAAAGGCUGGCGGUCGCCCGGCGCCAAAGGGCGAAGCCCCCAUGCGCACCAAGUUUGAAGUUGAAGAGCGAUUCGAUGACUCCGAGGAUGAGUUCCAGGCCAGCCGAGACCAGAUCUUACUGGAGGAAGGCCCAGAUGCCAAGCGCAGACGGAGAAUAGCUGAAGAGGAGGAGUUGCUUCAACCUUCCGACGAAGAAAUCCUAGGUUACGAGUCCGUGGACGAGGACGAGGACCUCGAAGAUGAGGAGGACUACGAUGAGGACGAGGACGAUUACGAUGACAUGGGUCAACUCAAGUCCCGGGGUGGCGCUGGGUCCGACGAGGAAGAAGAAGGCAUUGCGGCCUGGGGCUCGUCGAAAAAAGAUCUCUAUCAUGCAGACCAGAUCGAGACCGAGGCCGAUGCCCUGGAAGAGGAACAAGAGGCGAAGCGAUUGCAGCAGAAGCAGCUACAGGCCAUGGACGAGGCCGAUUUCGGGUUUGACGAAUCCGAGUGGAUGGAUACUGGCAAGGACGAAGACAAUGAAGCAGAGGAGGCCAGAGUGGUCACCGAAGUUCUCCCCCAGCUGGAAAUCACUGAGGAUAUGAGCGAUGAUGAGAAGCGAAACAUUCUGAGCGCACGAUACCCCGAGUUUGAACCACUUGCCCAGGAGUUUGCCAGUCUUCAAUCCACCUAUGAAGAUCUUCAGAAGGCUACCUCCAAAGUCACUACCUCAACACAGAGCGAGAUUUUAGAUGAACCUCAACCUGCUCCUGCUGCGGUAGUAAAACUGCGCGCACUGUCGACAUACCUGGGAACCAUCAGUCUAUACUUCCUGCUUCUGACCUCAUCUGCUGACGGGACCAACAACCACCUUCCAAUGUCUCCCGCUGAGCUUCGCCAACAUCCUGUGAUGAGCUCCUUGGUCAAGUUUCGGAAACUCUGGAAUCAAGUGAAGGGCCUGGAAAUCCCCGAUGUCGUCGACGUUAUCGAGACGCCUGUGAAGAUUGCUAAACCGGCUGUUGAGACCGAGACGAAGAAGCAGUCUGCGAAGUCCAAGGAUACACAGCCAAAGAAGAGGCUGAGCAAGGCAGAGCGCGCUGCUGAAGCAGCCCGAGCUGAGGCUGAAGCCCGUCGCGCUGAGCGUCUUCGCCAGACAGAAGAAGGCCUGGCCGACUUGUCCAAUCUCGUCACCGAGCCCACUCAGAAGCGCAAGACCAAGAAGAUCAAGCACGCUGUCCAGGAUGAUGAUGACUCUGAUUUCGGCGACGAGGAUGCCCUUACUGCCCGUGAGGCUGAGGAGAAGGCUAAACAGAAGCGUUCUCUCCGCUUCUACACCUCCCAGUUGGCCCAGAAGGCCAACAAACGCAACGCUGCUGGACGUGACGCGGGUGGUGAUGCUGAUAUACCGCACCGGGAGCGUCUGAAGGACCGACAAUUCCGACUCAAUGCCGAAGCUGAGAAGCGUGGCCGUGAACGACCCGAUAUUGGCGAAGAGCUGGGUGGUGAGAGUGACGAGGAGGACCACCGUGUCGCUAAGCAGCUUCGCAAAGGAGGUAACGGGUCUGGCACCGAUGAUGAUGAGUACUACGACAUGGUUGCUGCCCGGUCCAAACAACGCAAGGACGACAAGAAGGCCCGCGCGGAUGCACACGCAGCUGCAGCUCGUGAAGGUGGCCGGGUCGAGAUCCAGGAAGCGAUUGGACCUGACGGCAAGCGCGCCAUCACCUACCAGAUCGAGAAGAACAAGGGUCUCAUGCAGAAACGAAACAAGGAUUCGCGUAAUCCGCGUGUUAAGAAGCGCAAGAAGUUUGAGGAAAAGAAAAAGAAGCUUGGAAGCAUCCGUCAGAUCUAUAAGGGUGGGGAAGGCCGCGGUGGCUAUGGUGGUGAACUUACGGGUAUUAAGAAGAACUUGGUUAAGAGUACGAAGUUCUAA